AGAACCAGAUCACGGGUGGCCAUGAAACCCAUCUAUAAAACCCUCGGAUCUAUCAACCUUCUCCCUCUAUAAACCCUAACGACGACAGAGAGCUUUGGAACCCUAUCUACCUCAGCAAAAUGGGUUCCAAGACUUUGGCCAUUUUGUUCAUCCUCAAGUUCGUCAUGCUGCUGUCAAUUCCGCCCAUUUAUGCUUGCGGCUAUUGUGCACCGCCUCGGCCGCCUUACCGGGGUCCCAGCAUCCCACGCCACCCGGGCCCGACACACCCAAAACAUCCUCCCCAUCAUGGAGGAGGUGGCAGAGGCGGUGGUGGUGGAGGAGGCGGUGGUGGAGGUGGUCAUAAGGGUGGUGGAGGAGGAGGUGGUGGCGGUGGAGGUGGCGGAGGCAGUAGAGGAGGAGGCGGUGGAGGUGGAGGAAGCAGAGGUGGCGGAGGAAGAGGUGGCGGUGGUGGAGGUUAUCCGCCUUCCGUGCCAAUGCCGCCAGUGGUUCAUCCACCGAUCACAAACCCUCCUGGUAUAGGGACACCCCCCGGUGGUGGGAUAAUCCCCCCAAUCAUAAAUCCUCCUGGGAUAUUACCGCCGAUUGUAAACCCUCCCGGUGCCCUUCCACCGCCUUCCUCUCCCUACCCACCUUACACCGGUGGCCCUCCUGGUGGCGGUGGAGGUGGUGGCGGUGGCGGUGGCGGCGGAGGUGGUGGGGGUGGAGUCAUCCCUCCCCCAACGACCCCAAAGACGUGCCCAAUCGAUGCCCUAAAGCUAGGGCUUUGUGUCGAUGUCUUGGGAGGGCUGGUCCAUAUCGGGCUUGGGAACCCGGUGGAGAACGUUUGCUGUCCUGUGCUGCAAGGGUUGCUUGAGCUCGAGGCUGCUAUCUGCCUCUGCACGACCAUCAGGCUUAAGCUCCUCAACCUCAACAUCUUCAUUCCUCUUGCACUUCAAGUCCUAAUAACUUGUGGGAUGACCCCUCCACCUGGUUUUGUAUGUCCCCCUCUCUAGCUUAGCCAGUCAUAAAAUUUAGCUCAUAAUAACAAAUGACCUUGUCUCUCUCUAGGGUUCCUAGAUGUUGUCUCUCGGCCUGUUUGCUAAUGUAUCGAGUGUUUGUCGGAGUUCGGAUAUCCCUUGUUCUUGUUUUUUUUCAGUCCUUUGAAAUUGUUUCGGUUUGAAAAUUAGAUAAUUGGGGGGCAUGUGUCUAGGGCUCUUGGUUAAUAUGCUUUUUUAGCAAGUCAAGUUCACUUCCUUUAAUCUCAAGGAACUUAUGAACAUUUGUCAUCCACAAAUCAAUCAAGAGAUUUUCUUCAUUUUCUUUUA